CCUAAAUACAUUGGGAAUGGUACAAACUGUAAAGGUACGUUUGGUAUCUACCAUGCCAUUAAAUUAGUUAAGAUGGCUAUAGGUUAGACUCGAUCUGAAUCUUACCUAUUCAGGUGGCCAUUAACGACCAUAUUGCUGCUUAGUUGUAUAUAAACCACGUUAGCUGCGCGUUAAUUCUGCCGAAAGCUGUCUUUAAUGCGUUAUUGAAGAAAGAGGAAACACAAAUUCAGAGACUGCUUUUCGUAGUUUAUACAUUUUAUUUCCCAUAUUUAUUUCUUAACCUCAUGGUCCGAAAAUGCCCCACGCAAGUAUUACUUCACCUCUCUUUUUUUUAAUGUAGUUGUCUUCUUUAAUAACCUAAGUCCUGUUGUAAUAAUUAUUUCACUUUGCAGCCGAUCAUUGCUAUCAUUAUAAAAAUCUGAAUGAUGCUAAUAGAAAGAUGAAUUACUCAACACCUUACGGUUCAGGGUUGUGUGACAAGCAACUUCCUGAGGGAUGGUAUCGUUUUGUUGGAGCUGCGGGAACAAAAAUGCCAACAACACGUGUGCCAGCAUACAGAUGUGGUGCAGACUGGUCAGGCUGGUUGGAUGGUUCUCAUCCUACAGUGGAAGAUGGUAAAGUUCAAAGGAAGGUCUGCUUUAGUGAUCGCUCUACUGGUUGCCAAUACGCAAAAAAAAUUUCUGUUAAAAACUGUGGAUCCUACUUCAUCUACAAACUUCAAAAGCCAGCUACUUGUAACUCGCGGUACUGUGGUACAGACUGAAUGUGAAGCAAAAAUUUUAAGAAAUAAGAGAACUCAUAAAUUCAUCCGCAGGUCCACGUUAUUUAGGGAUUUUGCGAAGUCCUCUUUUUAUGAUAAUCAUUAAUUUCUUGUAUAAAUUUUGUACGCUGAUGAUGUCCCUUUAAAGUGUAAUC